UUCCACGUACCAAAAAUGUUUACAUUUUUAUUACAAAGUCACCUGUUGCGAUAAAUGCAAAUUUUAGUGAUAAAGACAAAGAUUUCUAGUUGUAGAAUGUCCUUAAUUGUUACACAAACAACAUGAGUAUACUGAACACAAAGUCAACGGUUGUAGGCUGCUCCUUGGGAAAAAUAGUCCGCUUAUUUGCAACGUUCGACCUGAGCAGUGACUAUAAUAGUCUACAGAAAACAUGCAAAGACUUCGCCAACAACGAAUUGAGACCAAUUGCCAGUGAAACCGAUCGAUUAAAGAGGUUUCCAGGUGAACAGAUAAAGAAGCUAGCUGAUCUGGGUUUUAUGGGUAUAAAUGUAAGCAAAAAAUAUGGUGGCAGCGAGCUCGAUACAUUGGCAACGUCCAUAGUCGUCGAAGAAAUUUCGAAUGGGUGUGCUAGUACCGGAAUCAUUUUAGCGAUACACAAUUGCUUGUACGCGGAUCUAGUGAACCGUCAUGGUACAGAGAAACAAAAAGAGGAGUUUUUGCGUCCAUUUACCACUGGAGACAUUGGAGCCUUUGCACUUAGCGAAUAUAAUGCCGGUUCGGACGUGGUAAAUAUAUCAACAACAGCUCGUAGGGAUGGAGAUUUUUUCGUUUUGAAUGGAUCAAAGGCUUGGGUUACUUCGGCUUAUCAAGCUAAGGCGGCGAUUAUCUUUGCAACUGUUGAUAGACAACUGGGUCACAAAGGAAUAUCAGCAUUUCUCAUUCCUCUGAACAACCAACUGGAAGUGUCGCUCGGACCAGCCGACGAUAAAAUGGGAAUCAAAGGAACGUCAACCAGUAGCAUCAUUCUACAAGACUGUCGAGUGCACAAAGACAAUUUAAUCGGAAACAUCGGCGAAGGUUUUCAAAUCGCUAUGGCUCAGUUGCAAUUGGCUCGAAUUGGUGUUGCAUCGCAAGCGCUUGGAAUCGGUCAAGUUACGUUGGAUUUGGCCGUAUCUUAUGCCAGUACACGGCAUCUGUUCGGCAAACAAAUGAUUGACCUGCAAUUGGUUAAGUCGAAGAUCGCCAAAAUGGCUGUCGAUUUGGAAUCGGCACGACUGUUAACAUGGAAAGCGGCCCGACUGAGAGAUGCGAAUAGUGAUUACCGAAAACUGUCAUCGAUGGCAAAGUAUGCGGCUAGUAGGUGUGCUACAUCGAAUGCUCAUCAGUGUGUACAAAUACUGGGUGGCAUGGGCUACGUCAGUAAUAUGGCAGCAGAGCGACACUACCGAGAUGCUCGGAUCACGCAGAUCUAUGGUGGUGUGACGGACGUUCAAACUUUGAUUAUUGCGGAACGGGUAGCUGAGGAGUAUGAUACGAAAUGAGUCUGGAUUCGAAUGGCUGAUUUAUGGGUAAAUGGGAUUGGGUUCUUUUUGGUUAUUCGGUUGUUUCGCAAACGAAAUGCAUUUGUUUUCCGUUCUGUAUUGAAAUUAUAAAUAAAAGUGUUACACUGGCAAACGUGCGGUUAAAAUUAACUUAACAGAAAGCUU